AUGACAAAAUUAAACUUAUACUACAUCAUUGCUCUUUCUAUUAUGGUAAUCUUAAUAAUGGCAGAGGUCAUAACAGUGUCUGUUUAUGUCCCAUUAUUAACAAAGAAACAGAAACCAAUUGUUAAUAAAUAUGAUACUGAAACUUUCAUAAUGGAAAGAGGUAGUAAAAUUUCACAGUAUCAUUACAAAGGAUAUAUUUACAAUGAUCUUACUAGUAUUGUGUCUUUAGAUAAAUACAGUAGACGUGGAGUUAUUCUUAUUACACAACCACUGAAAAAUUCUUUAUCACGUAAUUGUGAAGUAGAUUUUUCAUCCUUUAAUAAAAGUCUUGACACAGUUGAAGGAACUGGUCCAGCGGUUAUUAGAAUGACUGUAGAUUUUAAAGGCUAUCCCAACCCUUCACUUCCAUCUUGUCUAGGGAAGGAUGCUAUUGUCAAUAAAUCAGUAAAUUGGGAAAAUGUUCACGUCCAAGAAGCUGUACGUUCAGUGGCACAGACUUUCGUUGAUAAAUUUGAUGGAGAUCCUCGUAUUUCUUUUAUAGAAGUUGGAUGGUUUGGGAUGAAUGGUAUGUGGGAUACUAAUAUACCAACAAACAAAACGUUUAUAAAUGAAAUAAAGCAAAUUAUGAUUAGUGCAAAGAAAACACCUGUUGUUUCUAUUGUAGAUUGUAACUCUUUUAUAAACCCAUUAGAAGGUGCAUUAUUUAGAACAUUUGAUGAAAACCUUGAAUGUUUCAAAGGAAUAGACUCACCAUAUUAUGGACAAAUAAAAUAUAUGUAUGUUGGUAUCGAAACAACAAGUGUUCCACAAAAGACCCCUGACAUUACACAAAGUGUUUAUGAGGAAAUGAAAUCAAAAUAUCUCACUGCAAUUCAAGACCUUAGAUUGAGUUAUGUUUAUACUACAAAGCAAUUAAGAACUUUAGGUGAUACUGAACUAGAAGCUAUUAAAGUUAUGGGUCCAAAUAUUUAUCUUGCCACUUCUCAACACACUUAUGACACUGUAACUAAAAACCUUAAUAUUACUGUUGUUGUAGGAAAUAAUGGAACAUCAAGUAUUCUUCAAAACUUACAUUUCUUCUUUGGAUUUGGAAAAGUAAUAAAUACAAAAAUGAUAGAGAGUACUUCUAUAAGUGUUAUUCGAUAUAACGAAUGUAGUGAAUGUAAUAUUAAAUCAAUUAAACCUGGAGAAACAAAAAAAUGGACUUUUGUAUUAAAAGAAGUACCACAAGAAAAGUAUGAGGAUGAAGAUUCAUUUCCAAUGGUGAGUUGUUUUAUGUAUUUACCAUCAUCUUCAACAGAUAGAAUUAAUAAAAUUCCUCAUUUUGUUAAUUUUGAUAAUGCCAGAAUGAAUAAAUAUGGAUGGCUCUUGUUACCAUCAUGGAAUUCACCUGACGCUAAAUAUCUGUGA